CAUAUUGUAUUAUUUUCCAUAUAUAGCGCAUAAACAAAUUCGGUAUCACCAUUAAUAUCACAAAUAAUUAAUUAAUGAUAAUAAAAUAAACUACACACAAUAAUAUAAAUUAUAAAAUAUUACACAAUAAGGAAAAUCAACAUCAGCAGCAUCAUCAACUCCAUCAUCAGCAGCAUCAUAAAUAUAGAAAAUAAUAAUGGAAAUACCAUAUAAAGUUAGUUAUUUUUUAAUAUUUUCAAUAGUACCAUUCAUGGGAGCAAUAUUAUUGUUAUUUAUAAGGUUUUUGUUUUUUGAAGAUAAAGAUUAUAUUAGAGGUUAUAAUACAAAUAAAAAAGCAAGGCUGGGUAUUGAUUCAAAUGGAGGUACUUUAUCAUUUAAAAUUCAAUUGGUAUUGUUAAUAUUAUCAAUGGUUGGUCUUGUAUUCACAUUAUCGGCGUUUUCAAGUUGGAAUUAUUUACCAGUUGGUUUUACAAUAAUAUUAUCAAUAAUGUUAUUGGUUUUUUUCACCAUAUAUCAAUUAAUUACACAGUUUGAAGUCGAAAGAAAGAAGAGAAUAUUCAAGGUAAGAAAUAAUAAAAAUAAAAAUUAUUUUGUUACAAGCCCAAAUGGAUUUAGCAGCCCUAUAGGAAUUGAAAUGGGUGGUCCAAAUAGUGGUGUUGGUACAAAUGUUGAUAAUAAUAGAUCAAAAAAAGAAAUCUUAUUAGAAUCAUUAAAUAUAGAGAAUAAUAACGGCAACAGUAAUGGUAUAGAUAAUAACGAAAAUGAAGAAGAUAAAAAUAUAGAUUUAGAAUAUACAGCCAGUGAUCAGAUUUUAAAUAGUCCAAAAAAUGAAAAUGGUUAUUUUUUUUAUAAGAACCAAAUUGAUCCAAAAUUAUCAAUUAAAGAUAAAUUUAAAACUAGAGUCAUCUAUUUUAUAAAGGAUACAACAUCAACAAUUCAAUACACACCAAAGCUAUCAUUGUCUUUAAUCGGUUUAGCAUUGUUUUUGGCAAUAUUUAUACCUUUAGCGUUUGAAGGUGUUUGCAUUUGCUCACAUCCAAUGGCAGUUUCUACUAGGUUCUCGAGAAGAUUUCAAGAGUCAUAUUGCAAAGAUAUGGAUGUUUGUUUUGCCUACUUAACUUUAACAGAGGAUCCUUCAAGUUCAAUGAUUUUACAAAUUCACACCAGAAAUAAACCAAGUAAAACAAGAGUGGCCUUAUAUAACAUGGAUUCUGGAUCAUCAAAAAUACCAAUCGAAUGGGAGUCCAGUUAUUUUAUAUCAAUGUCCGAUGUCAUAAAAGAUGAACCCCGUUAUAUUAGUUAUGUAGAGUUUAAUUAUCUCUUUGAAUACACAAAUUAUAAAUUUAACUUUACUGUGGAAACGAAAGAUGGCCCAAUUGAAUCAGAAAACUAUAGUUUUAGAACUUUUUCAAAUCAUAGUAAUUCUAGUGGCACUGGCAGUCCAAAGGACUUUAGAUUUGUAGUUGGUGGUGACGUAUCUAUAAAUGGUGAUGCAAAAGAUUUGGCAAAGCAAGGACAUAAAUUCAAACCGGAUCUCUUAAUUGUUGGUGGUGAUAUAGCAUAUGAAGAUGGUAUAGGCUCUUGUUAUAGAAGAUGGGAUGAAAAAAUUAAAUUUUUUACAAAAUAUUUUUCAUAUAAAGAAGAGGGUGAUUCAAGUGAUGGCGAGAAAAAUGAAAAGGUUACAAGAUUAACACCUUUAUUAAUGUCAAUAGGUAACCAUGAGGGUGGUGCAUUCUUUCAAACUCACAAACAAAUUCCAUUUUAUUUCAAAUACUUUUUAUUUAAUAUUGGGGAUUCAAAGAAGGCCAUAACCGAUAGAUUGUCAUACCACAUUCACAAAUUACCAUUCAAUACUAGUAUGACAUCACUGGACAGUUGCGUUGUUACACCUUGGGAUCAACAAACACAAUGGUUAGAUAGCCAGUGGUCAAGCGAUAAAUAUGCCAAUACAAACAAGCUUGUUGUAUAUCAUCAUCCUAUUUAUGAAUCGUGGGGUCACCUAGGUGCUACAAUUCCAAAAUUGGCUCAACAAACUAUAGUGCCAAUAUUUGACCGUUACCAAGUUCCAUUUGCAUAUGAAAAUCAUGAGCAUUUAUUUAAACGUACAAAGCCACUUUAUAAUAAUCAAUUAGUCAACAGCACAGGAAAUAUUACAGGCACAACAUAUGUUGGUGACGGUUCAUGGGGUAUUUCAUACAUUAAUGAAAAACCUGCUACAGAAUAUUUACCAUGGUAUUUACAUAAAAGAUCUUUUUGCAAUCAUCUUUGGUUUACAACAAUAAAUGAAAAGAAAAUUAAAUUAGAGGCUUAUGAUCCAGAUGGUAACUUACUCGAUUCAAUAGAAUAUAUAAAAUAAAAAUAAUUGCAAUAAUAACAGCAAUAGCAAAAACAAAAACAAUAGUAGCAAUAAUAAAAUUGUAAUAAAUAUUAAUUUAAUUUAUUAGUUUAUUUAAAAU